GACGGAUCGCCGCUGCCUCGCCUUCCUGGGGCCGCGGGCGGGAGGGCGCCGGCACGGAGCCAGGGCGCGCGGCCGAGGCGCACGGAGGCCGGGGUGCGCGCGGCGCCGCCCGCUUCCGGCGAGGAGGAGGAUGUGGCGGCCGUGCGGGGCGCUGCGGGCCGGGCCCAGGGCCUGGGCGCAGACGCGGGCAGCCCGGGCUUGCGGCGGCGUCGCGGGCGUCUCCUACACGCAGGGCCAGAGCCCGGAGGCCCGCACGCGCGAGUACUUCUACUACGUGGACCAUCAGGGGCAGCUGUUCCUGGAUGAUUCCAAAAUGAAGAACUUCGUCACCUGCUUCAAAGACCUGCAGUUCCUCGUCUUCUUCUUCUCUCACCUGAGACGCAACCGCAGCGGGCGUUACGAGGCCGCCUUCCCCUUCCUGUCGCUCUGCGGCCGCGAGCGCAACUUCCUGCGCUGCGAGGACCGGCCCGUGGUCUUCACGCACCUGCUGACCGCGGGUCGCGGGCCCCCGCGCCUCUCCUACUGUGGCGGCGGGGAGGCCCUCUCCGUGCCCUUCGAGCCGGCGCGCCUGCUGCCCCUGGCCGCCAACGGGCGUCUGUACCACCCCGCGCCCGAGCGCGCGGGCGGCGUGGGCCUGGUGCGCUCCGCGCUGGCCUCGGAGCUCAGCGCAGCCUUCGAGUGCGGCCCCGGCGAGCCCGCGCUACCCUCGCACGUGCGCUGGCAGGGCCGCCGCCUCGCCCUCACCAUGGACCUGGCCCCGCUGCUGCGCGGAGACCCUCCCGCCUGAGCCGCGCGGGCG